CCGUCCCACUCUUCUCGUCUCUGUCUCCUGAUUCUACAUUGUUCUUGUUCUUGUUCUUCUUCUUCUUGUUUUAAUUCUUCUAAGAAAUCUCAGAGUCUUCCGAUACAUCUCAUAAUGGGCCUCUUCAAGAAGUCGGGCGACGGAGACGACGAUUCCAGCAGGCGGGCGCUGUUUGGAUCGCGGUCCAAGGACAAAAGCCCGGCGGCGGCUGCCAACCCGUACGCUCAGUCGGCGGCGCCUGUUGAUCCCUAUACAAAAGCCAAGGUCAAUGCUGGCGUUGCUCCUGCUCCCCCCGGAUACAACCAGCCUGGCCCUGGAGGCGCGCCCGCGGCAGGAGGCAACAACGGAGGAUACCCGGCAGAGAAGAAGGGCGGGGGCUACGGGCCCAACACAUAUGGCAAUCAGGUUGGAUACGGGAGUGAUCGGUUCGGAUAUAAUAACACGGCUCCUGCUCCGGCGUCUCGCUACGGCCCUGGUGGCUAUGGCGGACUGGGCAACAAUGACCCCAACGACCCCGCUGCGGGCGAUGCCAACCGAGACGCCUUGUUCGGUGGAGCUCGCGACCGACACCAACAACGACAGCCGAACGCGGGCGGUGCCGCUCCGCCGCCGUACACGGAGGGGGCGAAUGCGUAUAGCGGUGGCAGCAACGAAUACAGCACCGCCGUAUACCAGGAGAGGCAGCUGACAGCGGAGGAGGAAGAGGAAGAAGAGGUGGCGGCGAUCAAGCAGGAGAUGCGGUUCAUCAAGCAGGGUGAUGUUGCGUCGACCCGCAAUGCGCUGCGGGCGGCGGCACAGGCCGAGGAGCUCAGCCGGGAGACCCUAGCCCGUCUAGGGGCGCAGGGUGAGCGGAUCCACGACGCGGAGAGGAGCCUGGACGUGGCGGCGCUGGAGAACCGGAUUGCACAGGAGAAGGCCCGGGAGCUGAAGACGCUCAACAAGAGCAUGUUCGCGGUGCACGUGUCGAACCCGUUCACGAGCGCCCAGCGGCGCAGAGACCGCGACGAGCGCACGCUCAACACCCAUCGCGAGGAGCGGGAGUUGCGGGACGGCACCCGGACGGAGGCCUUUCGGACCAACCAGCGCAUGGAGCGAACUUUCCGCGAUCUGGACCGAGAGGCGGCCAAAGCCCCUCCACGGACCAAGAACAGCCUGACGGAGCGGGCCAAGUAUCAGUUCGAGGCCGACAGCGAAGACGAGGCAAUGGAGGACGAGAUCGACCAGAACCUAGACCUGCUGCACGGCGCGGCGGGUCGACUGAAUGGGCUCGCUCGGGCGACUGCUCGCGAGCUGGACGAGCAGAACCGCCACUUGGGACGUAUCACGGGGAAGAGCGAUUUUGUCGACGACCAGAUUGCCAUGAACCGGGCCAAGCUGGACCGUAUCCACUAAACCACUCGCCCGCGUUCUUGCUCUCGAAUGGAUCUCUGCCUGGCGCGUUGGAUCUGAUCUUGCAACUGGACAUUGGCGUUAGCUUCAUUGGUUAUAGCAAAUUCUACCAUAAUAGUAUAAAGUGGAAAUAUCUUCCCUGCUGUACAGUCUCUACGGAGUCGACAAGUCGAGUGCUACUACCCGGCAUCAUAGAUCAGCUGGUGGCAUUAAAGGAAUAGCCAGUACUAUUUCUAUUUUCAGUAGUAAUAAUAUAAGAAAGAAUAUACUCUUGUUUUUAG